AUGAACACUGUCAAUGCAUCGACCGGAUACUCUCCCUUUCAGCUCAAGAGCGGCCACUCUCCUCGACUUAUCCCACCAUUCAUCCCAUCAACCCGGACGAAGGAAGAUCGUGAUGCUGGCGCGGUCAUGCAGCAGAUUGAACUGGACGUCAAGGACGCUCAGGACAAUCUCCUUGCGGCCAAGAUUCGCCAGGCGUAUCAUGCGAAUGAACAUCGAGCAGCCGAAGACGUUUUCGAGAAGGGAGACCGUGUUAUGUUGUCGACGGAGAAUCGGCGACGAGAGUACAAGCGGAAGGGGGCCAAACGUGUGGCUAAGUUCAUGCCACGAUGGGAUGGUCCCUAUAUUGUCGUCGACGCCUUCCCAGAGAAGUCUCAGUAUACUCUUCAGCUUCCCAACUCGCCGCGCACCUUCCCGGGAUUCCAUGCAUCCCUUCUCAAACGACAUAGGGCGAACAAUCCCGCUCUCUUUCCGGAUCGAGAGCUCAGUGGACCACGACCCAUCGUUACUGCGGAUGGUUGGGAGGAGUGGCCCAUUGAUAGAAUUGUGGAUGAGAGAAGGCGAGGGCGAGGAAAGCAGUAUAAGGUUCGAUGGUUGGGUGAAGGACCAGAAGAGGAGAGGUGGAUUUCGGGUGCAGAGAUGGCGCAGACAGAGGCACUCGAUGUCUGGGAGGCAAAGGAGGCAGAACGGCUUCGCGAGCAGUCUGAUUAAUUGUGUUACUUUUCUCAUUCUCAUUCUCAUUUUCUUCCUUCCUUCUUUCUUAUUUUUUCGGAACUAUACACUGAUCUCAGAGGGGGGGAGGGUGUAAGCCUGGCGGGCUCACAUAUUAUUCACCGGUAGUUACGCGAGACUUUCGUAGUACAAACAAGGACAAACAUUACAUUAAUUAUUCCUUUCCUGCGCCGCGGUCCUCCUUACCUUACGCUCUCUGACCGCAACGCAGGUACGCAUAUCAAUACUUACAUACAUACUUACCU